AUGAGUAUACUAAGUAAUUUAUCAUGGAAUUUCGUUGAUGUAUUUAUUAUCGCUAUAAGUAUGGCUCUUACAGAUCAAUUUCGACAGUUGAAUCGCAGAAUUGAUUUUUUCAAAGAAAAAGUAUGGCCCUUUCCCAGUACGAUUCACACCUGCUAUUUCUUUUUUUCUUUUGGAUUUUUAAUUUCAAGGGUUUUAACAGUUUCUAUGAGUGCUGCAAGUAUUCACGACGAAUCACUUUUACCUGCUUACACCUUGUAUAGUAUUUCCAGCAAAAGUUACUCAUCGGAGAUAGCUAGUACUAUAAUUACUUAUGUAAUAGUUUUGACACAAAUAUACUCCAAUCAGAUAGAGAAGCUGAAGCCCAAUAUUACGACUUCUGAAAACCUUGAGGGAGUUCUACCGGUAACAGAACUAACUACGAGAAUUGAAUAA